AUGAAUUUUCCUCCAGGUUAUCGUUUUCAACCCACAGAUCAAGAACUCAUCAUUUUUUACCUCGAGAAAAAGGCGAAAAACCUGCCAUUGCCAUGGAACUGUAGCAUUGUGGAAAGAGAUCUUUAUGGAGAGCAUGCUACUCCAUGGAAUGUGUUCAGCGACAAUGAUCCUUGGGAUAUUUCAAUAACAAGUGAAAGAGAUCGAAAGAAGAGUACGAAAAUGACUUUAUACGUUUUUACCAAGUUGUUGAAAUUUGGAAAGAAAAGAACUGAAAGAAGAGCCGGUUGCGGGACAUGGGAUGGCCAAACCGGGGCUAAAAUAAUCGAGAACUGGAAUGGUGAGAUAAUCGGCUCCAGCAAAAUGUUGAGUUUUGAAGCAAAGAUAGACUCAGAUGUAAUAAAGAAGAAUCACGGACAUUGGAUAAUGCACGAGUACUCCCUUGAUGGUGUUUCUUUGAAUGAGCGUACGUGCAAGGAUUAUGUGAUUUGCAAGAUAACGAAAAUCUUGACGGUGCCAAGGGAUCAGCCCGUCUUCCAGUUCGCAGAUGAAAUCAGAACAGUCAUGAGAGGUGGUGAAAAUACAAGAAUCAACAAGGAAUUGGUCGAAGACUGUCCACGUGCAAACAAGAAGCAAAAAGUUGAAGAUCCUUUGAUGGACGACAUGCAAGAGGUAUUUGGUAGCUUGGAUCCUCUACUGCCAGAGAUUGAGGACUUCUGUUUCGAAUUUCCAGUGACGGGCUAA